AUGACGACAGGGUCAAACACCACGUUCCUUCCCGCCUCAGUAUCAUCCAUAUCCCGAUCUCAAUCCUCUAGUCCGCGGAAGCCGAGCGAGUCCGCCUGUCGCACACAGACACUGUUCCGUGCCGGGAUAUAUGUGGAUGUGGAUUUGCCUGAAGAAGUACAACAUCAAAUCAACAUCGUCCUUGCAACGCCCCCCGCGAAUGCGCCCACCCUUGAACGUUUAGCAUCAGAGCUCCAGCGCGAGUCUAUGGAGCUGACGGCGGCCCAAGCCGGGGAGUCUGACUGGACGGUUCUUCUGCGCGAGACCCUGAAAGGCCUGAAGUCCACAAAGUUGAUGGUCGCGCUCAAUAGAGAAUGGCGACCUGACAUCAAACCUCAGGUCCAUCAGCCGCCAGUGUCCCGGCCUUCGGUUCCCCAGAAGCGGCUACGCGAUCAAACCGGAGCUCAAGAGCCAGAGAAUCCUGGAAGCAAUGUAGCCUCCGAAGACCCUUCUUUCGAUCAAUUGGCACGACCCACAGAUGUGUUGGGCUCAGUUGGGCCAGGGACAGCAACCCUGCCGGUGCAGCCUGGGCCGAUGCCGAUUACUCCAUUCACGUUGAAGAACCCCCGUCCCGACAUAUCAGUGGGGAUCUCAGGUCAAGGGCUUGCAACUACAUUACAGUCCCGACAGGUCAGAAAUGGCAAAUACCUGUUGAAUGAUCUUCAGGAGACCGGCGAGCUUAUCAGCGAUCCCGGGUUGACCCCACUCAAUUUACGCUUUCCGUUCUUCCUUGUCGAAGCAAAAUCCGGUGCAACGGGCGGUAAUCUCUACCAAGCACAGAAUCAGGCAGCAGUAAGUGGUGCUUCGGCGAUAGAAGUUCUCAAGGCGCUUUACCAAAAAUCUGAAGGGCGAAGACCAUCAAAUACGGCCUCCCCAGCUGUCGGAGGCACCAUGUGCCAGCUGCUAACCUUCUCUGCAACCACCGAGGGGCCUAUCUGCGAGCUCUGGGCUCACUUUUGGGAUGAGGCCAACGACAGUCAUUACAUGGCCAAUAUUGACACAUGGCGGACGACAUGCCGUGAUAAAGCAUUCGAUUUCGUUUCCAAGAUCUCUACCAUAUUGAACUGGGGCUCGGCGACAUUUCAUAACGCAGUGGUUGAGCAUUUGACUCUGUUUGGUUUUGAUGGGGCCAGUACCUCGGCUUGA